AUGGCGUACGGCUUUUACUCCAGAGAUCUCAACACGGAUGCCCAACGCCAAAUUCGACAUACCUGCCAUGGAUUUGAGCAGCACUACUUCGUUCAGCUCCACCAACUUGGCCAAGUCAUCGCGAAGAUGCUGGUUACCUAUUGCAAUUCUAUCCCGUGCUUUGAUGUCUACGAGAAUUCCGCUGAUCCGCAAUCUAUUCACCCAAUAAAUCAGCAAAGAUUAUUCAAACGAAGAAACAGAAAGGGGCCCCAAUUAUCCGAUAUAGACGGAGACGACGAAGGAGAUGGCGACGAGGGGGGUGGAGAUGAGGGCCCUGAUCAGGAGGACAUGGGAGGAGAUGAAGACGGAGGCGGAGACGAAGGCCAAGGCCAAGACGAAGACCAGGGUGAAGACGAAGACCAGGGCGAAGACGAAGACCAAAACGAAGACCAGGGCGAAGACGAAAACCCAGACAAAGACCAGGGCGAGGACGAAGACCAAGGCGAAGACCAGGGCGAAGACGAAGAUGAAAACCAAGAAGACGAAAACCAAGAUGAAGAUGAAGAUGACAACCAAGACGAAGACGAAAACCCAGACGAAGACGAAAACCAGAGUGAAGACGAAGACGAAAACCAGAGUGAAGACGAAGACGAAGACCAAAACGAAGACCAGGGCGAGGACGAAAACCAAGAAGACGAAAACCAAGACGAAGAUGAAGAUGAAAACCAAGACGAAAAUGACGAACAAGAUGAACAAGACCAAGAUGAGGAUGGCGGCGGCUCUGGCAAAGAGGAUCAAGAUGAAGAUAAGCAAAGUGACGAAGAUGACCAAGACAGCUCAGGCGAAGAAGACCAAAAUAGUCAAGACAACGAAGACGAAUCCAAUGCAGAUGAAAGUGAAGGCAACCAGGAUGAGGAUCAAGAUCAAGAUCAAGAAGGCGAGGAAGAGGAGGAAGAGGAAGAAGAGCCUGAGGAAGAAGAGGAAGAAGGCGAGGGAGAAGGUGAGGAAGAGGAGCCUGAAGAAGAAGAAGGAGAAGAAGAAGAGCCUAGGGAAGACGAGGAAGAAGAAGGAGGAGAAGGAGAAGAAGAAGAAGAGUCUGAGGAGGAAGAGGAAGAAGGAGAAGAGGAAGAGGAGGAAGAGGAGGAAGAGGAGGAAGGUGAGGAAGAAGAAGAAGAAGAAGAAGAAGAAGAAGAAGAAGAAGAAGAAGAAGAAGAAGAGGAAGAGGAUGGUAAGGAUAAUAAUGAAGACCACAACUCUAAGUCAGGAGUAGGAGGAAAAGCUGCGAUAUCAAGUCCAGAUAAAGAGAAAAAGAAGGUUAACGACGAGGAUGAGAAGCCCAAGAUUGACCUUUGGCAUCUUAAAGAGGAAAUGAUGGAGGAGAAGAAGCCACAACCAAAGAGCGCAUCUUAG